AUGGCUUUUGGGCGGGUGCAGAAGGGGGUACUGGUGGAUGCUCUAGUAUUUGUUAAUGCCUGCCCCUCCCUACUGUAUGUGCUACAGCAUAAAAGGAGGAUCUUGAGAGUCAGACAGCAUCCUGUCACAAGCAGUUGGCCGAGGAGGAACUACCUCAACAAUACGACAGUAUCUUUGCAGACAAGAACCCAAAACAAAACUUCUUCUAGAAUGUCAAGCUCUUUGGUUGUGUGCGAGGUGGAUGAGAGUCUGAAAGAAAAACUGAAGAAGUUUAGAUUUCGAAAAGAGACCAACAAUGCAGCCAUCCUGAUGAAAAUUGACAUGGAGAAACAGCUUGUGAUCCUGGAGGAAGAGUAUGAGGACAUCUCCCUAGAUGACCUGAGGAAUGAACUUCCCGAGCGGCAGCCAAGAUUCAUUGUUUACAGCUACAAAUACAUCCAUACAGAUGGCAGGGUGUCCUACCCGCUGUGUUUCAUAUUCUCAAGUCCAGUGGGGUGCAAGCCUGAACAGCAAAUGAUGUACGCAGGCAGCAAGAACCAACUGGUCUCCGUAGCAGAGCUCACAAAGGUUUUUGAGACGCGAAACAUAGAUGACUUGUCUGAAGAGUGGCUGAUAAACAAACUGUCUUUCUUUCGCUGAAUAGACACUUGUGUUCACAUUGGCAAAAGUACAUGUACAAGUACAUACAUUGAGCAUACCAGUACAUUAACCUCAUUACUGGUUUGCAAUAAAUUGCUUAUAGUGUCA